GAGGAGAUGGGGGUGGGAUACAAUCCUCUAUAACAGGGGUACACUUAGGGUGAACUGCCAUGUGUACAGUAAGAGAGAGCAAUCUGUACUUGAACAAGGGCUUUAACAUCCCCAUCUCAAACAGAACAGUAUAACACUUUCUCUGUUUUUAACGUCUUAUCUUAAUUGUAAGGUUCAAAGGUCUGCCCGGUUUUUUUUUCAAACGUGUGCCCGUUGUGCAACGCCACACACUAUUGGAUUCGUCGAGGGUGACGGUGGUUGCAGGCUUAACUACUUCGUAAAAAGUGUUAAAGAAACUUUGUACAAUGUUGCCGUACAGGAGUUUGCGCAUUUCAGUCAAGGGGCGAAAUUACUUGAUAUUAAGCAGCGGGGCACACAAUUCUCCUGGGCACCAGAGAUUCAGUGUCUGCUCAAUGAUGAUUUCCUCUCCGCUAUCCCCUUUUCAUUCUGUUGUUAGAACUUUAGGGAUAAGCGCAGCGCUGAGGGGUCGUGUUCAAGAGAGAAUGUCCGAAAACGGAGUGGCCUCUCGGGGCAAGGUGUUGACCAUCGACACCAUGAACCCCACCGUGAAGAAGGUUGAAUAUGCUGUGCGCGGACCUAUUGUGCAGCGCGCAGUGCAAAUUGAGAAGGAAUUAAAAGAGGGGGUCAAGAAGCCCUUUUCUGAGGUCAUCAAGGCCAACAUUGGUGACGCGCAUGCGAUGGGCCAGCAGCCAAUCACCUUCUUCCGUCAGGUCCUGGCACUCUGCUCAUACCCGGAACUCCUGAAUGACAAUAGUUUUCCAGAGGAUGCCAAAAGUAGAGCGCGUCGCAUUUUGAAGUCUUGUGGAGGGAGCAGUUUGGGUGCGUACAGCGCCAGUCAGGGUAUAGACUGUGUGCGUCAGGACGUGGCCGGCUACAUUGAACGCAGGGAUGGAGGUGUACCAAGCGAUCCAGACAACAUCUACCUCACCACAGGAGCCAGUGAUGGCAUUGUGACCAUGCUGAAGCUGCUGGUGUGCGGCGAAGGCCAAGAGCGGACGGGGAUCAUGAUCUCCAUCCCCCAGUACCCCCUCUACUCAGCCGCCCUGGCGGAGCUGGGCGCCGUGCAGAUCAACUACUACCUGAACGAGGAGCAGUGCUGGAGCAUGGACAUCAGUGAGCUGCAUCGCGCUCUGGAGGAGGCCAGGCGCCACUGCAACCCCCGGGCACUCUGCAUCAUCAACCCUGGGAACCCCACAGGUCAGGUCCAAAGCAGGCAGUGUAUUGAGGAUGUGAUCCGAUUCGCUGCAAAGGAGCGCCUGUUCCUAAUGGCUGACGAGGUGUACCAGGACAACGUGUAUGCAGAGGGAUGCGAGUUCCACUCCUUCAAGAAGGUUCUGUUUGAGAUGGGACCAGAGUAUUCCAGCACUGUGGAGCUGGCAUCCUUCCACUCCACCUCCAAGUGCUACAUGGGAGAGUGUGGUUUCCGCGGGGGCUACAUGGAGGUGAUCAACAUGGAUGGUGAGGUGAAGGACCAGCUAAGCAAGCUGGUCUCUGUCCGCCUGUGUCCCCCUGUCCCUGGUCAGGCCCUGAUGGACCUGGUGGUCAACUCCCCUCAGCCUGGAGAGCCGUCCCAUAACUCCUUCAUCAAGGAGCGCACUGCUACCCUCGGUGCCCUGGCAGAGAAGGCCCGUCUGACAGAGCAGAUUCUGAACACGGUGCCUGGCAUCAGCUGCAACCCCGUACAAGGGGCCAUGUACUCCUUCCCCCGCAUCACCCUGCCAGACAGAGCUAUCAGAGAGGCCCAGGAAAUGGGCCAAGCUCCAGAUAUGUUCUACUGUAUGAAGAUGCUGGAAGAGACUGGGAUCUGCCUGGUCCCUGGCAGUGGCUUUGGACAGAAAGAGGGGACCUACCACUUCAGAAUGACCAUUUUGCCUUCAACUGACAAGCUGAAGAUCCUGCUGGAAAAAGUGAAGGAGUUUCACCAGCAGUUCACCCAGCAGUAUUCCUAACCACCCUUGUCUCUCAGUCAAUCUGUUAACAUACUGUUUAUAGCACCAUCAGAAUGAAUCUGCCUCCCAGUGCCUUUAACACAGUGGCUGUGGCGGCG